GUACAACAAACAAAUAUCGAUAUUUUUGUGGAUCGCGUGUCUACAUUGAUUCAUUUGACAAAUGGAAUUGCUCGCCAAUCUCGAGUAUUUCAUAACUUUGCAACGGUAACUUCGUCAUAUUUCAAUUCGAGUUUCGAGGUACUUCAUGCAUUCAUGACGAUGAAGGAGCCGGAAAAAAUGGCAUCAAACGUUAACAAGUUCUACGAACAGAUUCGAAGUUUGAAAUUUAACACUGAUAUUGAUGGAAUGGCUAGACCAACACAACUAUUGACUCAAUUGGCAAGUGUUGAGUUAUCAGAUUUAUCAAAUAUUGCUAACAAAACUUUGAUAAGUGAGCUACCUCAAAUGCUGGAAAAUCUUCUUAAUGACAUAGACAAUCUGCAACCACCUGAGUUUCGUCUGCUCUUUGAUAUUUAAAAAUGUCUUGUGGAUAAGGUUCAAAACACUUAUUUGUGUCAGCAGAUAUUAAGUGAAGAAAGUACGGAAAAAUCAAUUUUAAGAGAUUUUGAAAAGCUCACUGACAGUUUGAACAAGGCUGAAAUUUCCUAUCGUUUCUCAAAGGGGUUUGAUAAUAUCAAACAUCUUGAAAUAAUUGUUUCAUUAGCUCAAGAGUUUUUAAUCAACAAGGAAGUUAUGAAAUCUUUACCAAAAUCACUUAAAUUCUUGAAUAGAGAACUCAAACCAGUUAAAAAGCCUUGAAAAACAUUAAAAACAAUAUUGCGCUUAACAUGAAUCCAGCAUUUUUUCCACAACACAUUAAAUUGAAUAACACCGUAUUCAAGGAAGUGAUGGAAACAUUAUCUGCACUCAAAUCACCAUGGCUCACAUCAAUAUUUGGUGAAAGAAAUAUGACGAGGCUGAAAACUGGAUUGAAUUCAAUGAAUACGUACAGUGAAACACUAAAGAUGAUUAACGAUACAUUGAUCAAACUUAGAGUGCAUCAGAAAAUUGCGAAAAAAGUUAAAAAUGCAAUUUCUGUUAUAGAAACCUCGAAAGGAAAUGGAAAUCUCCAAAUUUCAAAGGAGAUCAUUGCUGCAGGCAGCAGUUGUACUUCAACUAUUCCAAAUGUCACUGAUUCAUUUGAUUACACAACGUUUCAGGAGACUUUCAAAUUUCUAGAUUUGCUUAUUUCUGACUUAAAUGAUUAUUUCAAAAGUGCAACUGCUCUACUCCAAACUAAAAACGAUGUCAUGGAAGGAUUGAGGCAGUUGAGAACAAUCACGACGUCUUGGGCUCCGCAAGCAUAAAAUAAUGCUGAACAAAUUGGGUUCAGAAUUGAAAAUAUGUUAAAAGGAAAUGAUACGGAUAACAUAAAAUCAAUGUUGUCUCAUGUUAAAGAUUUUCAAAGAUUUUCAAAUAGGUAUGAUACUUCAUUUAUGGAUAGAAUUGUAAACCAUAUGCCAAUGGAUGGAAUAAUUAACAUUUUAUCACAAUUUGAUGUAUCAAAAAUGAUAUCAAUUGGAGAAUGUCUUUCAAGAAGUAACUUUGACAAAGGACAAGUUGAUGAGGUGUUGAUUGGAGCAAAACAUUUGAAGUAUUUUACAUUGAGUGAAACAGAAAAUCAUGUGAAAUCGACAGUCGAAUACUUAAAUGGAGUUAGCAAUUUUAUUGAUGUGAUCAAUACUUUGAGAAAAACCACAAAAAAGAACAUAACCGAAGAAACAACGUAUUUGAACACUUUCAAUAAAACAAACAAUGUUAUUGAGAAUAAUCUUAAAUCAGGAAGAGAAGCUAUCAGAACUAUAUCACAUGUUCAAAAAGAAGAAAAGCUUUUACAAACAAUUAUAUCCACAGAUACAAAGUUUAUGCACCCAUUUUGGAACACAUGGCAAAGUCAGGGAAAAGGAAAAUUACAAAAUAUGAUUGAGGAAGUGAAUAAGUUGGAGGAAUGGAUAAAAAAUGAAUUCAAGAACAGCUUAACAAGUGUUAUAAAUAUAUUUGAUGAAGCUUCCAAAGUUCACGGAUUGAAUGGUGCAUUGACAAAUUUCAUCUCAUUCAAAGAAAAUGCUACGAAUAUCAAACAAAACGAAGAAGAAGUAAUAAUACUGUUCAAAAAAUUGGACGAUCUUGGAUUGGAUUUUACCACAUUUCGGAAAGAACUAACUUUUGCUACAACGAGCAUUCAAGAUUUGAGUACAUUCCUUGAUGGAUUGUUUUCGAUUAAAAUGACAAAAAAGAAAAGAUUUUUGAAAUCACAGUCAAUUCCAUGGUACUUCAUUGUUCUGAUCGUAUUUGGAUCACUUGUUCUUUUCAUCAUUCUCUUGAUUAUCUUGUAUUCAAUAACUCCAAAUGGAAGAAGGAAGUUGAAACGAUUUUAUUUGAAUCGAUUUGCAUCAGAAGCAGUUACAAAUUUGCACUGGAGAUAUUCAGUGAGUUAUUAUUCAAUUUUCAGUUCAAAUAAAAUUAAUUUCAGUUCUGGAUUGAUCAAGAAGCUGAUAAAAAUGCAUUAUGUGAAGCUGUUAGAGAAAUUAAUUUCGAUCAAGUGAAGGUAUUGGUAGAUAAGGGAGUGUUCAUUAAUGUGUACAACAGUAAGAAGAUAAUCAAUCAAUUUUUAUUUAAUUUGAUGUAAUUCCAGUGUUUGGAAAUACUCUUCUUCAUGCUGCUGCGAAAUAUGGACACGUUAAGAUUGCUGAUUUUCUCAUUCGGAAUGGUGCUGAUAGAGGAGCUUUUAAUGUUGAGAAUAAGACACCAGAACAAGUAUUGGCUGAAAGUGUGCAGGUAAGCUAGAUUUUAUAUAUUUAAGCUGUAGUUUCUUGCAUUGCUCUACUUUGACGGCUCAUAUAUCGGUUGUCGUUGGUUUCAUCAAAAAUGUGUAACAUUGAAGCAAAAAUUUGCCAUUUGAUAGUUUUUCAUUAAGCCAAAGAGAACUGAAAUUUAAAUUGUCAAAGUGGAGCAAGGGGGUCAGUAUUAUUUUGAAAUACGUUAAAUGUUACAUUUCCAGACAACAACCAAAUUUCUAACAUUGACUAGUCCUACCAGUGGAAGUGAAGGAGUAACAAAGAGUAAACUGACAGAAAUGGGAAAUCUGACGGAUAUUGAGAAGAUUUUUGAGAAGCACAGAGGAAAAGUGUUUAGACAGAGUGAGUUUAUCCAUCCUUCAAUUAAUGUAAUUUGGGAGUAUUUAUUUCAGAACUCCCAGAGCUACUUCCAACUAUGUCGUAUCGUAUUCGUAUUGAUGCUCAAUUGACUGGUAUUACUUACGAAUCAUUCAUUGAAAGGUACAAAGGAAAUGUGAGUUUAUGUUCGUUUUGAGUUAUCAGUUAAACCCAAAAUUUAAAGGUGACUGAUCAAAUGUCGGGUGUAACUCAUUUCAUUGUAUUAACUGAUGCUACUGGUCUUUUUGAAUCAGAUGAUUUUGGUUACAUAAUGUGCAUUUUCUUGCCAACAUUAAUCAUGAAACAGCAGUGGAUGAAUGACUGUUUGAAAAAGAAAUCAAACUUCCGAAAUGAUUAUAAAUAUCGUGUGGAAAGAGUGAAAUACAAGGGAGUCGUGUAUGAAACAGUUUUGAAAUGGGCCGAAUGGAUUCACAAACAAAAAAUUCCUUUCUUGUUUGGAGUACAUUUCCAUGUGGCAAUCGAGAAGAUGUCUGAAAAUGAGAAGAUGCAUUUGAAACAGUUGGUUGAAAUGCACGGAGCCACAUGGAUGGAUCAGAUGCCAAACAAAGCGAAUUUCAAUGCAGGAUCCCACCCAUUCCACCAUUUCCAUCUCGGACCACUUUUCAUUAUCCACGAAAAGAAGGUAUGUUGCGUAAUAUUUAACUUGACAAAUAAUUAAUUCCCAGUGCAUUUGCUUUCUAAAUUCGAUAAGAAUUCGAUUUUUAAGUUAUUUUUUCCAGAAUAACAUGGAAACAUAUAAAAACGACAAGAUGUACACUCUGAUGACGUAUGAUCAAUUCAUUAUUUUCAUGUUGAAGUUGGAAUGCUUCUAUGAUCCAGAGCGAAAGGUUCCUAUUCCAGUGACUACCGUUUUGGAUGAGGAAUAA